UUUUUGUUGGAGCAGAUUCAGUACACAGUGACACUGCAUUGCUUUCUACUGUUUUUAACCAUGUAGCAGAGGUGGGAUUACUUUCGAGGCCUCUAAGCUGCAAUGAAGCAUUUAGUUUUCUUCAUUUUGUGCUCUUUUCUUUAAGAAAUGACUCUGUGAAGAUGGGUGAUUGGAACUUCUUGGGUGGAAUCCUUGAGGAGGUGCAUAUCCACUCCACUAUGGUGGGGAAGAUAUGGCUGACCAUCCUAUUCAUCUUCCGUAUGCUGGUGUUGGGUGUGGCAGCGGAGGAUGUGUGGAAUGACGAGCAGGCCGACUUCAUCUGCAACACGGAGCAACCAGGUUGCCGGAACGUCUGCUAUGACCGUGCCUUCCCCAUCUCACUCAUCCGCUACUGGGUGCUACAGGUCAUCUUCGUCUCCUCACCCUCGCUGGUGUACAUGGGCCAUGCUUUGUACCGACUCCGUGCCCUGGAAAAGGAGCGACAGAGGAAGAAAACAGCAUUGCGACGGGAGCUGGAGGCUUUGGAAACAGACAUGGCUGAAGUUCGCCGGAAAAUAGAACGAGAACUUCGCCAAAUUGACCAAGGCAAGCUGAACAAGGCCCCACUGAGAGGUUCACUUUUGCGCACCUAUGUGGCUCAUAUAGUGACCCGUUCUGCAGUGGAAGUAGGCUUCAUGACAGGCCAGUACCUUCUCUAUGGUUUCCAGCUUGACCCUUUGUUCAAAUGCGAGAGGGAGCCUUGCCCAAACAUCGUUGACUGCUUUGUGUCCCGUCCUACUGAAAAAAGCGUCUUCAUGGUGUUCAUGCAGUGCAUUGCUGCCAUUUCCUUGUUCCUUAACAUCCUAGAGAUCAUGCAUCUGGGCUACAAGAAGCUCAAAAAGGGCAUCUUGGCAUUGUACCCACAGUUGAGGCACACAGACCUAGAUGAUGGCUACUUUCCCAACAAGGCCAAGAAAGAUUCUGUAGCUAUGCAGACUUGUAUAGGCAUCUCCACUGGCCGCAAGGCCACUAUACCCUCAGCCCCAAGCAGUUAUAACCUUCUGAUAGAGAGGCCACAUGACGGACCUUCCUAUCCACCUUUAAUCAACCCCUCUUCUGCAUUCCUGCCAGUGCAAGGUGACCUUCCAACCAAGAGUGGCUCAGAUGCACCAAAGGACGCCUUGCAUAGCCCAACGGAGCACAACAGUAACUCCAACAACACCAGCAGUGAAACAACACGAUCCCCAGCUGGAGAAUCCAUUACACCUCCCAAGCAAGAGGACCUGGACGAGAGCACUCACUUACCAACACAUGACGAAGAAGACCAGGAAUAUAAAAAGCCUGAAUCACCAGGACUACCCAGGGAUCCUUCUCACUCCUCUUCUUACCCAGCAAAGAGGUCAUGGAAGGUCACAGCACCAUGGAACUGUGAUCCCGUGGCAGAGGGAACUGCGUCAGAUUCAGACUCAGUGGGAGAUUCCAAAGCCCGGUCUGUGCCCUCAAGUGUUCGUCCACGAGCCUCCUUCAGGGCAGACCCAAAAAAGAGCCGACCCAGCACUCCUGAUUCCAUUGAGGAGACCAGUUCAGAAUCACAUCGAAGCCCACGGCUGCCAACAUCUCCCAGUCGCCGCGCUUCACUGGCCAGCAGUGCUAGCAGCAGGCGGGCGGCACCCAAUGACCUGCAGAUUUGAGCAGUUUCAUGUGCUUGUCAUCUUUUCUGGCAUGAGGUCUUAUAAAUAUUAAACUGCAGUGCACUGUAUUAAAUAUUGAUGUUAUAAAAACUGCUUUUGCAUCUGCUAUAUUACUACAGAAGAGUUAUACCAGCAUAAAACACACUCAAAGGCACCCAAGUCCCAGUUCUGAGCAAACCACUUAACUUUUCUUUACUUAAAUUCAUAUGCAGCAAUGGGCCAAGAACAACCACAACUAGGACUGUGAUCUCAUGUUUGGUGUAAACAACUGAUUUAAUUUUAUAGAAAUAUGAACAGUGGGGUCCAAACGACUUUUGGUGAAAAUGCUUCUCUUUUGUGUUCUUUUCUAAUUUAAUAUUUUCAACUAAUUUGUUGAGAAAGUAGAAUGUUACAAUAAUGGAUGCACACAAAAAAAGUGAAUAAAUGUUCCUUGGAGGCUGAGUAUAUUUCUGAACUGUGUUCAGUUAAAUACUGUUGCGUUGCUGUUUCUGUAGGAUGCCUGUCUGCCUCUGUGCUUGCAUUAAUAAACUGAUUUUCAGUUUUGUA